GUCACUUCCGUCGGUCCUCCGCUGCAGGGAAACAUGCUCAUUAACCCGGCACGGAAUGUUUCGCAACUUGUAGCCUUCUGACGCAUCACCGGCAGCCCGUGACCACAGGUAAGAUCACCUGGCUCGUCGUUGUUCCAGUCUGACCUCUAAAAUGGCCCAGCAGAACCUCAGCUGUCAUUAUGAUCAGUCCAUGGGCUUCUUCUACAACAACAGCGGUGCUGAUGAUAAAUGGGACAAGGCCCAGCUCAUCCUGGUGCAGGUGGUGGGCUCUCUCUUCUGCUGUUUCAUCCUGGUCUCCAACGCCAUGGUCAUCGCUGCUGUCAUCACCAACAAGAGGUUUCACUACCCUUUCUACUAUCUUCUCGCCAACCUCGCCGCCUCGGACUUCCUGGCCGGCAUAGCCUACGUGUACCUCAUGUUUAACACGGGCGAGGUGUCACGGAAACUUACGGUUAAAGGAUAUUUCGUCCGUCAAGGACUUCUGGACAUCAGUCUCUCAGCCUCGCUGGCUAACCUGCUGGUAAUUGCUCUGGAGCGCUACAUCUCCGUCAUGAACUGGAAAGUCCACAGCAACCUGACGAAGAGGAGGGUGACCCUGCUGAUCGUGCUGGUGUGGGCGAUCUCCAUCUUCAUGGGGGCUGUGCCGAGCCUGGGCUGGAACUGCAUCUGUAACCUGCGCGACUGCUCCCAGCUGGCUCCCAUCUUCAGCAGGAGCUACCUGAUCUUCUGGUCCGUGUCUAACCUGGUGGUGUUCCUGGUGAUGGUGGCCAUCUACAUGAGGAUCUACACCUACGUCAAGCAGAAGACGUCGGUGCUGAUGCCACACACCAGCGGCUCCAUCAACCGCAAGAGGACGCCCAUCAAGCUCAUCAAGACGGUGAUGGUUGUGCUUGGGGCCUUUGUGAUCUGCUGGACUCCCGGCCUGGUGGUCCUGCUGCUGGACGGCCUCAACUGUACGAGUUGUAAAGUCAUGAAAUUAAAACGCUGGCUGCUGCUCCUGGCUGUCCUCAACUCCGUCAUGAACCCCUGCAUCUACUCCUACAAGGACGAGGAAAUGUGGACAACGUUCAAGAACCUCCUGCGCUGCAUUGGGAACGGCACACGACGGCAGCGGUCGACGAAGGCCAACGCCAGGCCGCUCAGCUCCGCUCAGGACACGGGCAACAGUCAGCUUCCCUCAGAGGAGACAAAAAAUGACGAUCAGGGCAUACUCAAGACCUGAAAAUGGAACUUGUUAAGCUUCUGUCAAAGAUGCAGAUUGGAGUUGACUUGAAAGAGAAACUACGUCGCUGUCUCUCCGGGGGUCGUUCUCUGAUUUUAAGGACUUUCUGGAAGAUACACUGCAAGCCAGCUGCUCCAGUGCAGAGCUGGGGUUGUGGUGAGAUGGAGAGAAGAGACCAUGAUGCACUGCUACCAUGACAGAUGCAAAGAUGUGCUUUGUCAGUUUUUACAGGAUUUUACCAUUUUUGGACACUUAACUCCUGUUUGUGUAUAAUGGGAGAUUCCUGUUGCUGUUUCAUCCUGCUCUUUGUGUCUUCCUCUUCACAUUCCUGUGGGCUAUUUAAACUUGGAUCAUACUGCUCUCCAAUGGCUGAAGAAAGAACACAGUAUAAAGUACACAGCGGUACAUUUCUACUUUUACCUCCAAAAAGGGUAAAAAUCAUGCAAAGGGUGGCUUUUCUUUCUCCCUAGUGUAUAUUUCUGUACAUCACUUAUGCUGUAGAUUUACUUCCUGUGCAGCUUCUAGGGAAGCAAUGCUGCAAUGCAUGAUCGAGUUAAGAAAUAUAACUUGUUUAGAAUCAGGUACUAUAAAACUGUAGAUUUGCUUGGGGCACAGUUUUAAAGAUUAUUUCCUGGUUUUAAACCUAAGUAUACUGUAAAGUGCUGUGCUAUGUGUCUACUUCUUCAUCCUGUGAGAGGCUUUCAGGAAGAGGUGAAGUAAUGUCAACCAGUUUUAAGUCAGUUCACACCCUGCUUUCAUAUGUUAAGCAGGUUAACCUCUGGGGAAAAGAUAAGUGGGUCGCUCCUUUCUUGUCCCCUCUGUCGUCUUUUAUAAGUUCACCUGAACAAACUCCUGCCUGCAGCACCUCACGGAGGCAAACUUGUUCACCCUGCAGCAUUUUAACACAUCCGCUUCAGCUCAGUGAAUGGCUGCUGUGGCUCUGACGAAACAGCUGUUCACCUGACAGGGCGGGGGUUUACAAUCAUUGCGACACACUGGAGGUAUGCUGGAGGUUCAGCAGACACUGAGUACCUGCAGGAAGCGAAGAGGAUACGACUGAAUAGACUAACUACCCCCACCCCACCCCUACGGGUUUCAGAUGACUCUUCUUCAACCUGCUGUACAGUAUUUAUGCCACUCCUGCUGUAAAGGACAUGACAUCAUUAAAGCUGUUCUGUUUUUACGUAUCUUGGGAGUGUAUGAGAGUGGUGUGAACUUGUGUGUGUGUGCGUGUGUGUGAGACUUUUAAACCGACGGCCUUUUAAAAUCAUAAAAAUUGACUCUUUUUGCGAAGUAGCAGCUUUUUGGAAUUUCAUGUUAUUUUUAUUGUCAAACAUCAAAUGUGAUAAUGUGUACAAUAUGUUUGUUCCUGAUAAAAUGACAUGAUACUAAAAGAGCAAGCAGAGUUUAAUAUUGAGGUUAAUUUCUGCAGCUACACCUUUUCUUGCUGCCACACCCUGAUUCCAAAAAAGUCAGAGACGCCUGCAUAAAACAUGAAUAAAACAGAUUGUGUUAAUUUUCUAACCCCUUUAGACAUAUACUUAAUUAAAAACAUUACAAAGACCAUAUAUUUAAUGGGUUCAUGGCAAUGUUUGUCGAUUGGUUGGUCAGUCCACCGCUUUGGUCCAGACUAAAAUAUCAUAACUACUGAUUGGAUUGGCAUCAAAUUCUGUACAGACAUUCAUGAUCCACUUCCUCAUCUUUAUGACGUCAGUGUCGCCCUGAUCUUUCAAUAUACCAAAUAGAUUGGCCCGACAUUUUGUACAUAUUCUCAGACAAAUAGUGAUCGACAAAUGUCUAUAAAACAGCAUGUCUGCAUAAUCUGUAGGUGAGGGACAAGUUUUUCAUAUGGGAAGCAUUCUGGUUUCCGUUGUAGUCCGACUGGUAUUGACCAAUCACAUUUGAGCUGGCUUUGGUAUGCAGGUAGACAGUCUGGAACAGGUGCAAUGCACUGGCCAAAAUGCAAUCUUAGACCUCAUCGGCUGUCAUCUGAUGGUGAUUUAGCUGUUUAUUAUUUUUUUGUCUGCAUUCAUAUGCAGAUAUCUGUUUAAAGAGAUUUUAAAAAAGUGUCAUUUUCACAUCUCCAGUUGCUAAUCAGACGAUAGCCAGUGUGUUCUGAGAUUUGUCACUGACUGACUUUUCCACUGUUACCACUAUGAGGUAACAUUUGUGGUUUUGAGUGAAAUGUCUAUCUAAUUAUUAGAUGGAUUACCAUAAAAUUUGAUUUAGACAUUCAUAUUGCUCAAUAACUUUCCCCUCACUUUUCCUCCAGUGCCAUUAUCAGGUCAAAUUUUUAAUUUUAAUUUGAAAUGUUUAGUACUUUAGUUCAGGACCACACACUUGCAAAACCAGGCAGAUUUCCAUCAGCUGUAUUUUGUGUGUAGUAGGAAAUCUUAGCAUGCUAACAUCCUAAAUUAAGAUGGCCAAUAAAGUAAACAUGAGCAUGCUAACAAUGUGAUUGUUUGUAUCUUAGCAUGCUGAUGUUAGCACUUAGUUUGGCCUCACCGCGGUAGAGUGGCUGCAGCUUUUUUAACUUUUGCACACACCGCCCACUUGGCACCUACGUUAGCCAAACCAAACCAUAAGAUUACUCGUAAAUCCUGUUUGACUGAGUCAGAUUGUCUCCUGAAUUUGAAUGAAAAUAACUGUCGCUAACUGAAAACUGUUUGAAAACCUCUGAUGACACUGCAGCAGAGAUGUUAGUGCACUAACAAACAAAACGCUGAAAGGAUUAUCUGACGCUCCUCUGACAUGACUUGUACUGCAGUGAGCAGUUGAUGAUGAACCGUGCUUUAGAUUUCUGGUUCUCAAGAGCUGCCACUUCAGGAUGAUUUACUCUGGUCAGGCCAAUUAGUGGGUAACCUUCAGUUUCCAUUCAGCCAGUUACAUUACCGGCUGAAGAGCUGGAGAAAAGCAAUUGACUCGUAAGUGGGCGGAACAAGAUCCUCCUCUGAAUUAAAAAUAACCGCAGAAAAGUAUUAUAGUUCACGUUUAGUACAGCGUUCUGUGAUUAGCUGGGUUAACUGCCACUAUUUGAAUAAAUGCAUUUAAACAUUAAAACAUGUUAGGCAGAUCAUAAACUGCGUAUUGUAUACAGCCAGUCAUUUUUAAAUGUGUGCUGUUUAAUACUACAUGCACGCUGUUUCUGUGUCCCCAGAAAGCCUUUGAAUCCUGUUAAAGUUUCAAACCUGCCCUCUAAUUUACUGAAGUCAACAUGCAUUAAAAGCAGGCCUAUCGUUCAUAACCUUUCACUCUCUGCAAACCACAAACCCACAGCUGUUUUUAUUUUGCCCUCAUUCGCUCGGUAACCUGCUUGUACAACACUUCUAAUCCCAUGUUAUAUUCCUUUUAUGCAGUAAAAUCCCACUCAGGAUUUAAUCCCGUAAACACAGCCACUGUCCACUGACAGCAGAAGAAACACUGUUCAACACUGUACAUUUUCUUCAUAGAAAACUACUCAGGGUGUAAAUGCCAUUCAGUUUAUAUUUCAGGUUGAGGUUUGACUUGAUUUAAGUCAUGUGGCCUCCAUUAAAAACAUGCUGUAUUGUAGCGACGACUGUGUGUCCGCAGUAGAGCCCUCUGUCGUGACUGCUGCCUGCCGCUCUGGUUUUGCAUUUCCAAAAACAUGAACUGUAAACUGUGUGGUGUGGCAGGCCUUUUUUCUACAGCUGUGCUGUAAUUAUGCAUUCUUGAAAAGCCAAUUAAAUUUCACAGAUGUUCAAAAAUGCCGUCUUUUGGUUUGGUCUUAAUCUCAGGG